AAUUUGCAAUUUGAUCAAUAAAGGGGUUAAGUGAAUUGGCAUUUCUUGCGCAAACAACUCUGCACGCCUUCCUUACGACCGGGAAAAAAAAAAAAAAAGUCUGUGACGCCUUCUGGCAUUUGCAGCGUAGUUGUAGUUGCAGCGCGCAGAGUCGCAAGACAGGGAGAAGCCAGCCAUCCAAAUGUCGAGUCAUACUAAGAAGUUCUGAUGUUGUGAAGACAAUAGUCCAGUAAUGUUUGAAGGAUUGGUUCGUCAGGUGCUGCUCGGUUACCUAGGCCGAUAUGUCAAAGAUAUCCAGAAAGAGCAGCUUAAGAUCACACUUUGGAAUGAGGAAGUAUUACUGGAGAACGUGGAGCUGAUACUAGAAGCGUUUGAUUAUCUCCAACUGCCAUUUGCUCUGAAGCAAGGUCGAGUUGGGAGGUUAAGCAUAAAAAUUCCAUGGAAAAAGCUUGGUUGGGAUCCCAUUAUAAUAGUUUUAGAGGAUGUCUUCAUUUCUGCAUCCCAACGAGGUGAUCAAGAGUGGAAUGAGUAUGCUGUUGAAAAGAGAGAGUUUGCGGCAAAAAAGGCCAAACUUGCAGCGGCUGAGUUGGGAAAACUGUCCAGGCGUGUAUGCAGUAGUCAUGCUGGUCAAUCAUUUAUUUCUUACAUCACUGCAAAGAUCCUUGACAGCAUCCAAGUGGCCAUAAGAAACUUCCAUGUUUUACAUAGUGAUAUGCAGAAUGAUCAAGGCAAUAUUUUGAUGGGUUUAAAGUUUUCCAGUUUGACCAUAACGAAGCAACACCUCCUCACUGGGUUGUCAAGUGGAAGGGGCAGAGUUGGCCAAGUGAAUAAAACUAUAGAAAUCAGAGGACUAGAGUUUUAUUCCAGUAUAUUUCAUGAGACAGUGGACUUGGUGGCUUUGGGCAAUGUGGGGAAUUCCAUGUCACAAAGCAAUAUUAGAUCUGAAGGCCAAAGUUACAAGUCCAUAUUGGCACCGUGUGAUGUAACCUUCAUGUUUUCGGCUAACAGAUCUGAAAAGCUUGAUGACAGUGCUCCUCAGUAUUCUGUUACUGCUGAAUUGACUGGUUUGGUUGUCUCUUUGGAUGAGGCUCAGCUGCAACAGAUGUUUCUUGUGUGGGAUUAUGUAUGCACUUGUCGAUUAAGAGAAAGGUAUGGUAGUUAUCGGCCAUGGCACAGCCCUUUGUCAAAGAAACUUCAGGGCUGGCCAUUAUUAUGGUGGCGCUAUGCACAGGAAUCUGUCCUCUCAGAUGUUCGCAAGAAAUUAAAGAAAACUUCAUGGAGAUACCUUGGGGAGCGAUUAAAUUACCGUCGGAGGUACAUUGACUUGUACAAGACCAAGUUGGAUUUUCUUCAACAAGAACAGCCAGUUGAUGAUGGGGUUCUUCAAGAGCUGGAGCAAAUGGAGAAAGAAUCAGAUGUAGAUGACAUUUUGAAUUAUCGGGCUGGUGCAGAAUAUGAGAUGCAGGAAUUCUUUUCAAGGCGUUCUAAACCUGACGUAGGCGCAAGUGGCAUUGAUAUUCCUGCAGAAAAGUCAUCCAAUGAUGAACGCAACUCGGGCAGAUCACAGGGGUGGUUGAACUGGCUAUCCCGUGGUAUGCUUGGUGCUGGAGGAACUGAUGAUUCCAGUCAGUUUUCUGGGAUUGUUUCUGAUGAUGUUAUUAAGGAUAUAUACGAGGCAACUGAAUUUCAUCCUUUGGUUUCAUCCAAUGGAGAUGUCAAUGCAAAAACUGAAUUAUGCCUCUGUGAAAUGAAGUUUGCGAUUCAUCGAAUUUCAGUGACUCUAUGCAGCAAGUAUGGUGAAGGAACAACUGGGGUAAUUCUGGAAGGCAGUAUCAUUGAGACUAAGCUUCACAAAGAGCAUGCAACUAUCAUUUUUAAAUUGAAGUCAGCAGAGAUGAUUCUUCUGCACAGGAAGAAAGUUAUUCUACGAACUAGACAGCCCAUUGUUGAAAACAAUAAACUGGAUAUUGUGGAUCAUUCAUGUAUCAUUCAAGUUAAUUUCACAUCUAACCAUGAUGUUGCACUAUUAGUAAAGGGAAAGCUCCAACAGCUUGAAGUGACAUUUGAUACACAAAUUUUAUCUACUCUGAUGGAGUUUUAUGAUGUCUGUACAACAUUCGAAUUUCAGAAUGAAAGGAUUCUCUUGUCACUGAAUGGAAUUCAAGAUCAGAACACUAGGCUGUUAUUAAAAGCAAAAUCUAUUUUGGCAAGCCAUAAGAAAGUUGUGUGGGAUAUUUCUGUUUCAGAUGUAGUGAUUAAUUUUCCUUGGAGAAAUUCAGCAUCUGAUUAUUGCAACUUGUGGGAUAAAGGCUUGUUGUUGUUGUUGUUCAAGGAGUUGAGUUAUGUUAUGUGUUAUGGUCUCUUUAUUCCUCUUCACUCAUCCGAAUUCUUCUGGCAGAAUUCUUCCAUCUCCUACUUUUAUUUCCUUCUUUGUGGAAAAACUUCUAUUCAUUCUUCAGAGGUAAUGAAAUCAAGAUCUAUAUGUUUUAUGUCCAUGAAUAAUCUCGAGUCUUUCUCCUCAAAAGUUGGGGAAGAUAACUGCUCAUCGAAGAGCUUGUUAAAUUCAGUAUUUACAUCGAGUAAAUGUCUGGGAAUACAGGUUGAAGACCUAUAUGAGUACUUUGAGGUCAAACUAAAUGACUUUGAGGUUACAAUGAUGAAUUCUGAUCAGUCACAGAAGGUUUCUUUGCUCGAGCAAUUUAAUGUUUCUGUUUUCUUAUCAUCUUGUAUGAUCCCUGAUGAAUCCAUUUUGAAACAGUUGGAGGUUUUUAUAAUCAUUGAAUUACUAAAAGCAUACCUCUCUCCAUCAAUGCACGGUGCAGUCAGAGAAUUGGUUACUCAUUUGGGCUCAUUGCAUUCAAAGAAUCAAUGUGAAAUUUUGGAGGCCCCUUACCUGUGUAACAUGGUUUCUGGUGUACCUUCUAUAUUUGGUGUCUCUAUUAACUCAAAUAUACGCUCUUUUGUUCUGAGAGUUAACUUGGAAAAUGAUGGGGAUGAUAGCUCUGCACUCAUGUUUUCCCUUAAGAGUAUCAUUUGCAGGUAUGCUUCUAUGGAAUUUGAGGAGGUUUUUGUCCGUAUGCAGUCUUUUGGAAUCUCUACUUAUAAACUGCAAGAUGAAGAGAAUAGCUUUGUAUUGCUUUCAACUGGGAAAUUUUCUUCUCCCAGCCUUGCAAGUGAAGUUUCUGUUUCUGAAACAUGCGAUGAAUCUGAUCAAUGUUCUGGUGUACCCAUGUUGGCUGAUGCAUGUUUAGUCAUUCAUUAUGAAUCUCCUAGAACUAAUAAAGUUGGUCAAAAGUGUACUAUUUACGUUAAUAAUGCUGGUAUCCACUGCUAUCCACAUGUAGUUGGAUUGCUUGUCAGAUUUUUUGAUAGAUUGACUGCAUAUGGUACCACUUCUGAGAAUUUGUCUGCUGGAAAUGAUAUUGACCUUUCAAAAGCAAUAGCAAGCUUUGGGUUACAAAAGUUUGGCUUCUCAAAUUAUGUUGAACCUGGAUCCUCUGAAUCAGCAUGCAUUCCAUUGGAUCGCUUUCCAUUUGUUACUAUUUGCAAUUCUGGUUCUCUAGGUAAUUUAGAGAAUGUGCUACUAUAUGCCGCCUCUGACUGGAGAAAAUAUUUCAUAUUGAGGGAUCAAAAAAUCAGAAGUCCAAAAAUCAACAUGAGAAGGUCCAAAUUUUGCCACAUACCUUUUUCUCUUGAGUUGAAUCUAUGUGGACUGACAGCAAAUUUUCAUGAUUCAUCAUGCAUAGUUGGAACGAUUAUGUUGCCUACAUGUAAGUCUUCUCUAUUCUUUUGUGGAGACAGUAUGGAUAUAUUGUGCUCCUCUGGAGGUUUGGUUCUUACCUCCCCUUGGUGGACAAAAAAUUUUCAUGAUUAUCUAUGGGGCCCCUCUUCAGCAAAACUGUCUCCUAUUUUAAAUGUCCGUGUCAGAAAUGGUCAAAAUAUUCCUUCAACAACUAAGCUUGAAGUAAGUGUCAGUAUUCAGCAUGUCUCUUGCAUGUUACCGGCAGAAUAUUUAUCCAUCAUUAUUGGGUACUUCUCAUUGUCUGAUUGGGGUGGCCGUUCAACUGAUCAGCUCCUCAACAAAGAGCAGAGUUAUAUAGAUGUAGAAAAUGACAAAAGCAUUACUUAUAAGUUUGAAAUCUUGGACUCUACUCUCAUUUUGCCUGUGGAGAAUAAGGAGCAUCAAUUUCUUAAGGUUGAGAUACCACAGCUUUACUGUAGUUUUAUUGAUAAUUCUUGUUCAGAUAAUGAAAUAAAGGGUAUUCCUCUGGACUAUAUGGUUCCAAAUGAUAAGCUUGCCCAGAAAAAUCACUGUUUGAAUAUGUUUGGUAGAGACUUGUUCCUAUCAUUUCUACUAUUUAGGGAUGACAAAUUAGGUUCAUCAACAAUCAAACAAAAUACUGCAUGUGUGGAUGCCACUUUAAUCGCACCCAUCAGUGCUGAUGUUUGGGUCAGAAUUUCAAUUGGAAAUGAAUCCAACUGUCAAAACUCUUAUCCAGUGACAUGCUUCAUGACAAGCAUAAGAAGCUGUCAAAUUAUUGCUGAAGAUAGCUACAUCUUUGGGGGAUUGGCAGCCUUGGUAGAUGUCAUUGAUGAUUUGUCCUCAGUUGGUGACCAAUCCAAUCAUUUCAAAUCAGAUGUUUUGCAGUUUAUCAAUUCAAAGAGAAGUUCAAAGGAGAUCAGAGCAGUUCCUCCUAUGGCCUCAUCCAUUAUAUAUACAGAAAUGAACUGUUGUGUUCAAUCAAUGUUGAUAAACUUUUAUUAUACAAAGGAAGAUUCUGUGGAGUUGAUAUCCAAAACUGAUAUGCAAUUUAAUUGCUCUGCCUCGUUCAUGAAUGAUUCUCUAGUGAGGCUAGACUUGGGUUUCUCUUCGCUAGUGUUACAUUCUCUUCAAGAUGCACAGGUGUUGGCAAAAUGCACAUCCACUUGCUCAUCUACGUUAGUGCUUCACAUCACUUUCUCUAAAUCAAUUGAGGGUGACAAUGAACUCUGUGUUUGUCUUCCAUCACUUAGUAUCUGGCUACAUUUUCCUGGGUGGACUAAGAUUGUUAACUUUCUCUAUCAUUUUUGGCAACAUUUUGCAAAAACUGUGCCCUUGGAUGCAUCGUUGAGUUGUUUUCCACACAAUGCUGUUUCUUCUAUAAAUGACACAGCAGUUAGAGAUCCUUUUGGUUUCCAUCAUUCUGAAAGCACCUUGGCGCAUUUUGCAUCAGAAAAGAUGAAGGAUACUGUUUUUCUGACUCUGAAAUCAGACAUGGUUGGAGUGACGUUUCACAUUCCUAUAUCAGUUACUGAAGAAUCUUCUCUUGAUCUUCAGUUUUGUGAAGAUCUCAAGCUGACAUCCUCUUGUGUAUCUUUUGAAACAGAUGAAGAAACAAACUUGAAACUUCUUUCUGUCUCUUUCUGCAUGAGUCGGUUUGAAUUAUUAAUCAAUAGCACAGUUGUCCAGUUAAAGUCCAAUGUGGAUAAAUUCAGUGGCAUAAUGAAGAUAGCUGAGAACAGAAAGCGUAUAUCUUGGCCUCUUUUUGAGAUGGUUCAGGUUUACCUGGAGGCUGUACGCCAUACCAAUCAGACAGACACCAGGCUAUUAAAACUGGAGAUUCUGUGUGAUCACUCAAAUGUGUGGCUUUCACAUCCUGUUUUCUAUUUCUGGGGUGCUAUAAAAUUCAAUAUUCCUGAGGAAGGGUCUUCUCAACUUUCAUUGUUUGACGUUGAUUUUAAAUUCCAGUUGAGGAAGGUCUCUCUUCUACUAACUGAUGGAAGGUGGAGUUGCAGUGGGCCCCAGUUGGAUAUUCUACUGAGGAACAUCCUCUUGUUUGUCAACAUUACUGAAAAAGAUAUGGAAUGCUCAGUCACUUGUGAUUUUCAAGUUAAUUACAAUAACAUUGAAAAGGUCUCUUGGGAGCCUUUUAUUGAGCCUUGGCAAUUUCGGUUGUCUUUAUUUAGGAAACAAGAAAUGAGUGUCAUGCUGAAUAGCUCCAUAACAACUGAUAUCAUUCUUGACUCAGCAGCUGAGCUUAACAUUAAUAUUUCAGAACCCUUAAUUGAGUGUAUUUCUAGAAUCACUGAGAUGCUUAUGGAUGCCUGGCAUCUGAUGGGGUCCAAAGAUCCAUCUGAAAGCAACAAAAUGAGGCAUCUACCUUCAGCUGAAUAUAUGCAUGCUAGAAAGUGUGCUGCUCCUUAUGUUCUUCAAAACUUGACUUCUGUGCCCCUGUUCUGUCAUGUAUAUAGCAACCCUGUCAACCCUGAUCAGCUUGAUGACUUGGACGAGAAAAACAGAAUAUGUGUAGAACCAGGCUCUGUGAUUCCAAUAUACAUGGAUGAAAAUACUGAAGAACGACUUGCUCGUUACAAGCCUUCUUGUUCUUCGGAUAGUCUAAAUGAACAAAGGUCAAGUGGAUUUUCUCAUCAUUAUAUUACUAUACAGCUUGAUGGAACAUCUCUGCCAUCUGCCCCAAUGUCAAUGGAUUUAGUAGGACUUACAUGCUUUGAGGUUAAUUUCUCCGAGGCUUGCAAUGAAAAUGACAAGGACAGUCAAACUGAUGCAGCUUCUUGCUUUGUUGUUCCUGUUGUCUUUGAUGUUUCAGUACUGCACUAUAGCAAGUUAAUACGACUAUACUCUACUGUUAUACUUUCAAAUGCAACUUCAACACCUUUGGAACUACGAUUUGAUAUUCCUCUUGGGUUGUCACCAAAGAUAUUAGAUCCUGUAUAUCCUGGCCAACAGUUACCUUUGCCAUUACAUCUGGCAGAGGCUGGCUCUCUAAGGUGGCGACCAGUUGGAACCUCUUACCUGUGGAGUGAAGCUCAUAACCUCUCAAAGCUUCUCUCAUUAGAUAACAAAAUGGGAAGCUUCAAGUCCUUUCUUUGCUAUCCAACUAAUCCUAGUAGUUCUGCAUUUCGUUGUUGCCUAUCAGUCACAAGCAUCACCUUGAUGUCAUCUGGCUGGAUGAAAAGGAACGUCCCUGUGGAUGAGGCGAACAAUCGUUUUGUUCAUCACGUAGUCUUAAAUGUUCCUUUGAUAGUGAACAACUACAUUCCUAAAGAUAUUGUUUUGACAACUGAUAGUGGCGGGGUAAAUCAUACAAUAGCAGUUUCAGAGGGAGAAACUACUGUUUAUCACAUUGAUCCUUCACAUGAUCUUGGACUGGAAAUCUGCAUUGAUGGAUUCAAGCCUUCAUAUUUUAAAUUUCCUCGGUUGGAAACUUUCUGCAUGACUGCUAAAUUUAGCGAAAACAAAUUUUCAUUAUCUGAAACACUGACCUUUGAAUCAAGUAAUCUACGUGGCCCUUUGUAUGUGACUGUGGAGAAGGCAAUGGAUGCACAUUCAGGUAGUCGGGAAGUUAUCAUAUUUGUUCCCUUCCUUUUGUAUAACUGCACGGGUUUCCCUCUGUGCAUAACAGAAGCCACUUCUGAAAUUAAGGAACAGGGAAUUUUUGUCCCUUCCUAUUAUGAUCCUAGUGAAAAUGAAACCCUUGUGGGGAAAAGAGAUGGUUUUUCUCUCUUAUGUUCCAGCAAUGAUUCAGAUGCUGAUAUUCCUCCUCGCCCAAGGAGUUCUUUGGGGAAUCGUAUUAUCUCGACUCGAGAGAGAGUUAGUCCUUUGAGGAGUUUCCUAAGCAACCCCCUUUUCCCUCAAAAUUGCCAGGAAAAUGAAGGGAAGAAAACAAGUAUAAAUAAUUCAAAAUUCCAAAAUUCUUGUGUAAGCAGCUCAAAGAGUGGACUAAGCUCAAAGGUUCAGUCAACUUCAAAAACAUCAGGUUCUGGUCAUCAUGGUCAUGAAAAGGUUGGGCCAUGCAUUUAUUCACCAAACCCAGUUUCCUCUAUAAAUGACGUUCUGGUUAAAGUUGCUAGAUGUUGGCCUGCACAUGUUAUGGAAAAGUCGCCAUAUUCAUUAUGGUCAAGCCCUUUUUCUCUUUCACCGCCAAGUGGUUCAAGUAAUAUCCUUGUUCCUCAGUCAUUUGCAAAUUCUGCAUUCAUUCUAGCAAUGACAUCUACCUCAGUUGCUGAAUCAUAUACCGGAAGGAUAAAUGCAAUUACAUUCCAGCCAAGAUAUGUUAUCAGCAAUGCAUGCAGCAAGGAUGUACGUUAUAAGCAAAAGGGUACUGACAUCGUAUUUCAUUUGGGCACAGGAGAACAUGCUCAUCUUCACUGGACAGAUACAACCAGGGACCUGCUUGUUUCAAUAUCUUAUGAUGAACCUGGAUGGGAGUGGUCUGGAAGUUUCUUACCAGAUCACCUAGGUGAUACUCAAUUAAAAAUGAGGAAUUUUGUUUCGGGAACCAUACAUAUGGUUCGAGCUGAAGUGCAAAAUGCUGAUAUAUCCAUGGGUGAUGAAAAAAUUGUUGGAAGCAUCAAAGGAAACUCAGGGACUGUACUGAUCCUCUUGUCAAAUGAUGACACUUGCUAUAUGCCAUACAGAAUUGAUAAUUUCUCAAAGGAGAGAUUGAGAAUAUAUCAGCAGAGAUGUGAAAUGUUUGAGACAGUUGUUCACUCCUAUACGUCUUGCCUUUAUGCCUGGGAUGAACCCUGCUAUCCUCAUCGUCUUAUUUUGGAGGUGCCUGGAGAGCGAGUUUUGGGAUCAUAUGCCCUUGACGAUGUGAAAGAAUAUAUGCCUGUCUACCUGCCACCCACCGCAGAAAAGCCGGAGAGGACAUUCUUUUUAUCAGUCCAUGCGGAGGGUGCAACGAAGGUCCUUAGUGUUCUUGAUUCAAACUGCCAUGUUCCUAGUAACGUAAAGAAGCCAAGUCUCUCACACUCUGUGGGGAAAAAGUUGCGUGAUCAUAAUCUUGACAGGCCUGCAGAGUACAGCGAGAAAAUAUCAAUUGUUAUUCCACAUAUUGGUAUCUCUUUGAUUAAUUGUUAUUCACAGGAGUUGCUUUUUGUCUGUAUGAAGGACUUAAAAACCUAUCUGCUUCAAAGCUUGGAUCGGCAGAUUCUUUCCUUUGAGAUCUCAUUUUUACAAGUUGAUAAUCAAUUGCGGUCUACUCCAUAUCCCGUUAUGCUGUCCUUUGAUAGAGAAUACAAACCCUAUGAGGCUGACAAUAUGAAAUCUAAGGAUGAUGUUGCAAGACGAGUGGAAAAAAUAAAUCAAAUGAAUUGCUUCAACAGCUCCUGUGAUCCUGUGUUCCUAGCAAUAUCAAAAUGGAGAAAGAAAGACAUUUCAUUCGUUACAUUUGAAUUCAUAAAAUUGAGCAUUGCAGACUUUCGUCUGGAACUUGAGCAAGAGGUCAUAUUAAGCUUAUUUGAGUUCUUAACACAAGUUUCUUCUAGGCUUCAGUAUCUAAACAUGUCAUCUUCUGAUCUCUGUGAUGGGGAUUCGCUAAAGAAUUCCUCAUUGUCUGUUCAGUCUAUUGAGAAUUUGAUUUCAAGGGAUGAUCAGUAUCCUGCAUUGAUUACUCCUGUCUUUAAUGGAAGCUCCAAACGCAAUGUGUCAUUGCCUUCCAUAGUUCCAAUCGGUGCCCCAUGGCAGCAUAUUUAUCUUUUAGCCAAAACACAGAAGAAAAUUUACAUUGAAGUGCUUGAGCUGGCACCAAUCAGAUUGACAUUAAGUUUUUCCAGUGCCCCAUGGAUGCUUCAAAAUCGAAUCCUCAUGUCCGAAGAAUCUAUUAUCCAUAGGGGUUUGAUGGCCCUUGCUGAUGUUGAAGGAGCACAAAUCUAUCUGAAGGAGUUAACAAUAGCUCAUCAUAUGGCUAGUCUGGAGUCAAUUCAGGAGGUUCUAAUCAAGCAUUACACUCGGCAACUGCUUCAUGAGACUUACAAGUUGUUUGGUUCUGCUGGUGUUAUUGGUAAUCCCAUGGGCUUUGCAAGGAGCAUGAGCCUUGGUAUUAGAGAUUUCUUGUCUGUUCCUGCCAAGAGUAUUAUGAAGAGCCCUGUUGGACUUAUUACUGGCAUGGCCCAAGGCACCACUAGUCUUUUAAGCAAUACAGUCUAUGCUAUUAGUGAUGCAACUUCUCAGUUCAGUAAAGCUGCUCGCAAGGGUAUUGUUGCAUUUACAUAUGAUGACCAAGCUGUUUCAAGAAUGGAAAAACAACAGUUAAAUGUCACUUCAGGCAGUAAAGGAGUAAUUAGUGAACUACUAGAGGGACUCACUGGUCUUCUCCAGUCACCCAUACAAGGAGCUGAGAGACAUGGUCUUCCUGGUGUCCUCUCUGGGAUAGCUUUAGGGGUAACAGGACUUGUUGCCAAACCAGCAGCUAGUAUUCUUGAAGUUACUGGAAAAACUGCACUCAGUAUUAGAAACCGCAGUAAACCCAACCAAGUACGAUCACAACGCUUUAGGGUCCGUAUUCCAAGGCCAUUAAAUGUUGAACUUCCAUUAAGACCGUACUCUUGGGAAGAAGCAGUUGGAACAUCCAUCAUCAUGGAGGUCGAUAAUGGCUUGAAGUACAAAGAUGAGGUAUUAGUAGUUUGCAAAGCACUUAAAGAGGAGGGCAAUUUUGUGGUCUUAACAGAAAGAUUCAUAUUGAUUGUUUUCUGUCCCAAUUUGGUAAAAUUGGGUACACCUGAAUUCUGCGGCAUUCCGGCUGACUUGGAGUGGAUAAUCAACUCGGAGAUUGGAUUGGAGAGUGUAAUCCACGCUAACACCAGUCAAGGCGUGGUACACAUUGUUGGCAGUAGACCGGAUACCUUAUUGAGGCAACAACACCAUUCUCCCAAGAGAGGUAGCGGUGGUGGUAGAAGAGCAGCUCGAUUCAACCACUUUUCUAGCCAUCUUCCACUUUCUCAGACAAACUUGGAGCUUGCAUCUGAGAAUGAUGCAGAGAACUUUCUUCAAAUUUUGUUGUCAACAAUAGAAAAGGGAAAAGAGAAGGGUUGGGGCAGUGGUCAUUUCCUGCACAAGUUCAAUGUCAAGUAAGUUUGCAGUGUAUAUGCCUCUCAAAUUGCUCUAAUACUGCUCAAAUUUGCCUUCUCAAUCAAAAGAGGCCCUAUAGAUUUGAACAGCAAGAGUGUAUCAAGUCUUAGCUUUUGAAAAGGAGUUAGAAAAAUGAACAGCGCUUCAGUCUCUUCAUUUCCAUUUGAGAGGAACUUUUUUCUUCAGCCGGCAUUACCCACUAAUUUCUUUGAAACUUCUCCCGAUGAAGCAAACGUGAAGGAGGCUUUGGAUUUCUUGUCAUCAACGAUAUUCAUGGCGCGAACGAACUUUAGUUCCGCCCCUCUGUAAUUAUGCUGUGUAUCAUAGUUCGCCACUUCCCGUUUGUUAGGGAAAGUAAAUACUGCCCAUAGUUGUACAAUCUUACGAUAGGGUGUUUUUAUUACUUUUUAUAGCACACACAAUCAUAAUGAAAAAAUAGAGUAUGAUUUUGAAACUCCAA